AUGUCUGCCACGUUUCUCAACCCAAACAAUAUUUGGCGGGAAAUGUGCAACUUUCCAUCAAGCAGCUCAAGCCCUGAUAACCUCAUUCUCUGUGUAAACCUCGACGACAUAUUCUGCAGCACCGAGACAUACAGCAGCAACAAAGCAAAGAGAAGCUGGAAGAACAACGAGUCAAAGUGCCUGAACUGCAACCUCGCUGUAAUCACCCCUUACAGUGCAGGAUUUUCUAAGGCACCGUACUAUGGACAAGGGAAGGCCACGCCUGAGGCACAGCCCUUGAGCAAGAUGGUGGUCGACGACACUGGUCGUUCCAUGUCCCUGUAUUCCUUUAUGAGGGACAAGAAUGCAAAGUACCGCGGACCGAUAUGUCCUGAGCUGACGGGGAGCAUCAUGGAAGGGAGCUCCUUGCGCUUCAUGGUGACGGAGCACACGUUUGAGUUUGAGAAUGAGAAGGCGACCACUCAGAAGAAGCUCUUUCCCGACGUGGAUGUCAUCCCUGCGUUCUCUACCCUGCUGGUCUCUGUGCGUGUGAGGAACAACCUCAAGGCGCAGGACGGUGAGAUGUUGAAGAUCACCUGCAUCGAGUUUGCCAACCGCGGUCUCAAUGCCUUCCUCCCGGUGUUGGACCGCCUCCCCACAAGCCUGGAUCACCAGAACCAGAUCAACGAUAGAUGCAGGCAAUUUUCUUCCUGUCAGAACCUUUUUUCCAAGAACGGUGAUUUUUUCAUGUGCCCAAAAGCCUCCGAAUCAUCGGUUUUCCAAGUGGAUAACGAUCAUAAGGUGAUCAAGGUGUUCAACUGGCACCACAGCAACAGUGGUGAGGCAAUCGAACAAGUGGACAUCCCCUUUUACGUGGUGGAGAAGCAGCUCAAUUUCAAAUGCAUGGAGAAGGCGAGGAGGUUGCUGGAGCUUGUGAGCAGCCUUGGUUGCCUUGCGCUAUUCGUGGGCAAGAACAAGGUCUAUACGAAGAACGGCGGCUCGGACAACGUGCCUGGACUCUCAUCGUUUCGCUGCAUCCCUGUAAUCCGUUACCACAAGAUGUUCGGCAUGGAACAUGAUCAGGAGAAUAGUCUGAUCUCGAGCAUUGCAAACGUUUGCAACAACCGGGAGCACCCAUUCACACAGGUGUUGCAUAAUGGGUACCAAGUGGAGUAUGAUCCUACGGCGAACUUCCUCCUCGUCAACACUGGGAAGCGUCUUGCGUAUGAGCGCGAAGGCGCCCUGGUGUCCCGAGAGAUAUGCUUCCGCUUCGAUCUGCUCGUCUUUGUAGACAACACGGUGAGCGACAUGGAUGUUUGUGAUGGCAAUACGGAUACCCAGAUCUAUCACAAGUCGAUGAAACUUCGCAAGUACACCAGGAUCCACGUGGACCUUGGGCCCGAUGGCGAGGAUGGGAGAUCCAAGCUGGACUACAUCUGCCUGGUUAUGGACAUCAACAGUUACAACGUGCAGAGCAACAGCACCGCCCUACCUAUGAAGCGCAAGAGUGUGGAGGAGGAGGAUGAUGACUCGUUUGAUGAUUGA